UCGUCCUAGCUCCUUGGCCUCUUGGUCGUCGGAGGGACAGCCCCAGGCGAGCGUGCGAGUGCUGAACGAGGCAGCCCGUGAGCCCGCACCCUGAGUCUUUUCUCGGUCGGGAGGUCGCACGGUGCUUUGCGGCUGCCAUCAAGCGCGGCGGAGGCCGGCCGGGCCGAGGGCGCCAUGGCGGCAGGCCUGCUGCUUAGCGCCGGGGCGUUGGUGGCGCCCCUGCUAUUGGGGCUCGCGCUGCUGAGCAUUGGGCCUGCCCCGGCGCGGGCUCUGCACAAUGUCACUGCCGAGCUCUUUGGGGCGGAGGCCUGGGGCACCCUGGCUGCCUUCGGGGACCUCAACUCCGACAAGCAGACGGACCUCUUCGUGCUGCGGGAAAGAAAUGAUUUAAUCGUCUUUUUAGCAGAUCAGAGUGCGCCCUAUUUUAAACCCAAGGUAAACAUAUCCUUGAGGAGUCACAGUGCAUUAGUAACAAGUGUAGUCCCUGGUGAUUAUGAUGGGGAUUCACAAAUGGAUGUCCUGCUCACAUAUUUCCCCCAGAAUCGUAGCAACAGUGAGUUAGGAGCUGUUAUCUUCUGGGGACAAAAUCAAACAUUAAAUACUAAAAACAUGACCAUACUCAAUAGGACUUUUCAAGACGAACCACUGAUUAUGGACUUCAAUGGUGAUCUAAUUCCUGAUGUAUUUGGUAUCACAAAUGAAUCCAGCCAGCCACAGAUACUAUUAGGAGGAAAUUUAUCUUGGCAUCCUGCCUUGACCACUAAAAGUAAAAUGAGGAAUCCACAUUCUCAUGCAUUUAUUGAUCUGACCGAAGAUUUUACAGCAGAUUUAUUCCUUACGACAUUGUCUGCCUCUGAUACAUUCCAGUUUGAGAUAUGGGAAAACUUGGGUGGAAACUUCUCUAUCAAUAGUGUCUUUGAAAACCCUAAAAACCUGGUGGUGGUUGGACAGUCAGCGUUCGCAGACUUUGAUGGAGAUGGACAUAUGGAUCACUUGCUGCCGGGCUGUGAAGAUAAAGACUGUCAGAAGAGUGCCAUAUACUUAAUGAGAUCUGGAACAGGGCAGUGGGUUCCUGUGCUUCAGGAUUUUAGCAACAAGGGUACGCUCUGGGGCUUUGUGCCAGUUUUGCAUGAAGAAAAACCAACUUCAAUACCAAUUCCAAUCACCCUUCACAUUGGAGACUACAAUAUGGAUGGCUACCCAGAUGCUCUUGCCAUAUUAAAGAAUACAACUGGAAGCAAUCAGCAAGCCUUUUUACUGGAGAAUGUCCCAUGCAACAAUGCGAGCUGUGAGGAAGUGCACCGGAUGUUUAAAGUCUACUGGGACCUAUCAGGCCUAAAUCUUAUCAAAGAUGCCAUGGUUGCCACCUUUUUUGAUAUCUAUGAAGAUGGCAUCUUGGACAUUAUAGUACUCAGUAAAGGGUACACCAAGAACGAUGCUGCCAUUCAUACACUUAAAAAUAACUUUGAAGCAGAUGCUUAUUUUGUAAAAGUCAUUGUUCUUAGUGGUCUAUGUUCUAAUGACUGUCCUCGAAAGAUAACACCCUUUGGAGUGAAUCAGCCUGGACCUUAUAUCAUGUACACAACAGUUGAUGCAAAUGGAUAUCUGAAAAACAGCUCAGCUGGACAGCUCAGCCAGUCAGCACACUUAGCUCUCCAACUACCUUACAAUAUACUUGGUUUAGGCCGAAGUACCAACUUUCUAGACCAUCUUUUUGUUGGUAUUCCCCGUCCAUCUGGAGAGAAGUCUAUAAGAAAACAAGAGUGGACAGCAAUUAUUCCAAAUUCCCAGCUGAUUGUCAUUCCGUAUCCUCACAAUGUCCCUCAAAGGUGGAGUGCCAAAUUGUAUCUCACACCGAGUAAAAUUGUUCUACUGACUGCGGUAGCCCUCAUUGGUGUCUGCAUUUUCAUCUUGGCAAUAAUUGCCAUUUUACAUUGGCAGGAAAAGAAAGAAGAUGAGAGAGAAAAACGACAGGAAGCCCAUCGGUUUCAUUUUGACGCUAUGUGACUUUGCUUUAAGUAUGCAUAAUGGAACUCACUUGAUUAGUGAAAGACUACAUUUUGACUCAUAGUAAAAAAAAAUGGAUUUGAGAUAUUUAUAAAUUAUGCCAUCUUGUCAAUUAUUGGAAAAUACUAAAAUAAAUAUGGCCUGGAUA